UCGCGGUCGCAUUGACCAGCGACAGAGCAGGCGGUGGCCAGCAUCAUGCAGCACACGACGGUGUGCGUGAACAAGUACACGCUUCGUUACCAGGACGGCGGUCUCGAACAGAGCUACCAGGCUUUCUGUCACUCACGCCAGAAGGCGCUUUGGUUGCGAGGCCUCAUCCCGGCAGCGAUCAGCCACCUCGUCUUCGCCAUCAGCGACAGCGUCGAGCACGACUCGCUGAACUUGCAAGUGACGAUUCCUGCGCGACUCUUCCUUGUAGUGCUGCAGAUCGGUCUCCAUAUCCUCGUCAAGAUGGACCUUGUCAAGACCGACGAGCGCCUCAUGUUCAUGGUCGCCAUGUGCAAUGGCCUCUCGACCAUGCUUAUGUACGCCCUUCAGCGCUCCGUGUUGCAUCAAUGGGACGUCCUCUUUGUCCUCUUUGGUCUGUCCUUCUACACGAUUCCCAAGGUCACACCGCUGGGCUUUGUGUACACUGCUAUCGGCAGUUGGACCACAGCUGUCGUUUACUUUUACGUGGCUGUUUUUCUGCGACCAUCAACGCUCCAGCUCGAAGCCGUGCUUUCGUUUCUGUACUGCGCGCCUGUGAUAUGGAUUUUCAACACGAUAUCGUACUACUCCGAGUACAACGCGCGGGAACGCUUCGUGCUCCGGAAGCGUCUGAACAGCGAGCGGAUUAGCCUUGCGGUGUCACGAACGCUUCUCGAAGCUAGCAAAACCAAGGCAACGUUAUCGUGUCCGCAGGCCACAAUGACAGUCGACAUGAAUGGGACGACGCUCUUCUUGGGUGUGCUUCUGUGGGGCGCCUUUACCUUGGGCAGCUUCGCUUCGUUCCCCGAUAUGUUCAAGUUUGUCGACGAAGCGACUGGCUGGGUGUGGUUCAGCCACUGCGCUGGCGUCACCAUCUUUCUCGUCAUGACCACACGCCGCCUGACCAUGUUGGCUGUCGUCCCUUGCAUCGGCGCAUUGCUUUUGUGGGUCAUGUCGCUGGUGAUGUCAGCCGAGUGGAUCGUUUUCUCAGCUCACAGUGUGGGGUACACGUUGCUCGCGGCCUCGGCCAUGAUCGCCCUGGGCGUUGUGAGUCGCUUUGUUUUGGCGUGGCGCCAGCUAGUGGGCUUCUUACAGCGCACGUGCUUUCUAUACCCGCAGCUACAGGACGGUCUCAACCGCGAAUUUCCGCUUCUCGAGAAGAUCGUGUCGGAGUACAAUGCUGGCUUUGAGCCGCAUAUUCUGGCAAGCCGAAACGCGGUCAACUCUCCGACACAUACACAUUGCACGAUAUCCCCCAGCUCGGUAGCAUCAACACUCUCGGUCGAGGCUGAAACGAAGCCCGGCUGCGGUAUUUCGUCUGUCUUGCCGUCUUUUAAGGAUGGCAAGUGCUUUUUCUGCUCCAAGAACGAUGUCGUGCAUUACGUGCCGGCCUGUGGCAUGUGGGGCAAGUGGGCCCAUUGGCGCAUGGACUCAAAUCAAAUGAUCGACCAAGCGCAGAAAGGCAACAUCCGGCAGCUUACAGUAAAGCCGACUGUGAGCAUGUGCACGUCGUACUACGACCUCCAGGCCAAAGCUGCUGAUGCCGUGGAUGCGCUUGGAGUUUUGACACGCGAACUCGAAACCACCAAAGCGCAACUCGUGGCGGCUACGCGCGACACAACAGCUGCGCAUGUAUCCAAUGCGCUUCUCCGGCGCGCACUGCACGACGCAAGUGCGAAACACGAGGCAGAUGUGACGCUUCUCUCGAAAGAAGCGAACGAGAAACUCGCGCGCCUCCAACAAGAGUCGAACGAACGUCUGCACGAGCUCAAGGUGGAACAGGCACGUAGCAUUGACAACCUGAAGGCACGCCUAGCGGCAACAAUGGCUUCGCACGACGCCGAGCUCGAAGCAGCAACGACCGACGCCAAGACAGCGCUGCGCCUUUCUUGUGAUCGUAUUGCGUACCUUGAGGCCCGUGUCGGACAGCUCGAGGUUGAGUCUCGCAAGGCCAAUGCAACGGUGCCAGCUGCUGGACCAUCACACUCGUCCCUCGUUGUCGAGAAGCAGUCGCGACGCAUGCCGUAUGCGCGUGCACUUGAAAUCGAGGGCCUCCGCGAGUCGGUGAAACACUAACACAAAGGACCCGUCUCUUCCUGGUAAUACACUACUUUGGCCGAAACGGCACCGCCGA